CUGCAGUUUAUGUGAUUGUUAUUGUAAGCAAAACAAAUGUAAAAAUAAGAUACUGAAUUUUGUUAAAAUUUCCUUAUAAAAAAUCGAAAGUAAAAGAAAUGUGGCCGAUAAUUAUGGCUGUGCUGCGGCGAAACGCUGUUUAUAUAACCUUGCCUAUAGCUGGAGUUAUAGGCUUUAUAGGUUAUAACUUGGAAAAUUUACUAUCGGAUAAGUAUACACCAUACAGCAAAUCUAUUCAAGAAAAUCGUGCAGAACGUUUAGCAGAUGAUGAGCUGCUUGCCAGUGCAACCAACGUAGAAAAGUUGCGCCUAAAAACUAACGUUCUUGAAAGAAAUUUGCCACCUUCCUUGCAAAAAUAAAGCGGGCGGAAUAAAUAUUAAUAAAGAAAAAAAUAAUAGAAUCGCAUUUAUGUUUAAGAGAACAAAAAACAAGCCUUACAUCCUCCUUUGUAUAAUAUAUGUUAACAGGUAACAAAUAAAAAGGCGCAAAUAGUUUUAUUGCAAAA